AUGACCCCACAGAAAGCAUCAUCUCUGGAAACCCCCGCCCCACCCCGAACCCCCCUGCGCCUGAACCACAAGUGUCCUUUGCCGUACCUUGUCUCUGUCUGCCGCAUAGAAGCGACCUGGACUUCUUACUUUGGAGCUGUCCCCUUGUCACGCUCGAGAACCAGUUCUGCCACGAUUGUUUUCACUGCACCCUCUGCCAUGGCCCUGUCCCACAGAUACACCGAGCCAAUCACAGGCGCCUACCUUGAGGAGCAGCCAGAGUCUGGGCCGCAGCAGGUCAGUCCGUCCAGCUCCCCAGCUUCAGCAACAAUAUCCAGCGUAUCCGAACUGCCAAAUGGCCAUAGCUCCAGCUCCAAUCCUUUCCAUGGCAGCAAUCUUCACAGGCGGAGAACAGUAACCUUGGACACGCAUUCCACCAAUGUAUCCAGGGGCUCUUCCAUGAGCGGAACAAGAGGUAAUGCAGGAUCUAUACGGGCGCCGACAUCUCAGAGUCAUGGCGACGGCGCUGAGCCAUUUGAUUCAUUUUCUGAGAGCAGCUCCGACAAUGACGAGGACAGGGAUGACUUUGACAGCUCGAUCCAUCUUGCAGCACCUUUCCAACUUUUGCUUGUCAGCAGGCGAAUCGCCAAUGCAGCCGUCAAGACCUUGUGGCGCGACGUUGUCUUUCACGGCCAGGAUCCGUACCAGAUACGGUCGCUAUUGACAAUGCUUUCAAUGGGAGACGGUUUAUCGGACGGUUCUUCUGAUCUUGGUCGCCAUUCUUCCGGCCUGGGAAAUCUCGAGGAGGUGGACGAAGCGGAGGAGUCAGAAGGUCAGGAGGAUGAACGGAUUAAUCAAGCACAGGACACAGCUAGGAGGUGUGGAGUAGAGAUGAAAGCUAAACCAUCAGGAAGCAAGGUUUGCCAUUCCGAGCAUGGAUCAUACCAACGAACACCUCCUGGACAGACCAAUCGUGAGCACGGGGCGAAGUUGGCCUGGGCCGAAUCUUGGAACAAGUCGCUGAAGCAAUUCUCGAGAUCCCAAGAGGUUUCAGGUGUUCGUGGCUCUACCACCGAGACCGCAGCCAAGGGUCCAACUCACACUACCAGUAAGCGAGCAACACCUGGUGAAGAGUGGAGUCGUUUCUCUAAAUCAUCGAGCGCCAGGCAACAAACCGGCCUUUGUAGUUCGAAUCGUGGUCAAGGACAUAUAUCUCCUAUGGCAAGAGAUCGGGCGUCAGGGAUGCGAUCGCGUGAGCCAAGAUGGCCUUAUCGGCGUUACAUUCGGCGAGUGGUGCUGAACUUUGCGCACCCGCAUGCUUCUCCGCACAUGCUCGUCCAGGCUCUCGAAUGUCUCCGCUCGCGUUGCCCGGAUCAGAUUCUUGCGCUGGAUUUGCAUGCCAACGAAAAGAUGCGGGAUGCAGGAUUGGAAAAAUCUGAGGAACUAGAGCGACUGUUCGGCUCAGGACUCUCGAAGCUGCGCUAUCUGAGGUUACAGGGAGGAUUCGUGGACAAUCAGUUGCUGUGCGCAUUGAUCAAGGGUUUAGGCGCGCCUAAACCUGACCCUACAGACCACAGCGACCACAGCGACCACAGCGACCACAGUAAUCACAGCAACCACAGCAACCACAGCAACCACAGCAUUGGCAUGCAAAAUACGGACCGCGCUUUACCAUCUAUCCCAUCUUCAUAUCCCAGUCCCCCAUGCCGUCUCUCCCAGGUGUUUUUAGGCCCAGGAUCAAUCACGGACACGGCGAUCGAGAAGCUUAUUGCAGCUGCAGGAUUAUCUCUCGAGGUCUUUGCAGUCACCAGUUGCGUAGAUGUAGGAGGAGGCGCGCUGGCGGAUUUACUAACAAAGUGUCCAAAGUUGCGUGUACUGGGAGUCCAUUGUUCGCUCGCCCGCGACAAAGAACUACUGGAAGGAUUGGGCAUCGAGGUCGAUCUUCCAGCUGCAGGCACCAUGCUUCCUGAAAUGGGUGAGCAAUCAGGCUUAGCAUACGGCGCCAGCAGCAACCCCAACGGCGGAUCUGCUCCACCAAGAAUUACUAGAAAGACCAUUGUUGCACCACUGGAAAGAUUGGAGCUGGGAAUAGUGAAGUUGACAGGAGCUGGAGUUACGGAAAUCUUGAAAGGCACCUGCAAUACGCUACGGUUCUUAGUUCUGGAAUCGCAGCAUUUUAGCGAAGAACUCCUGGAAGACGUUAUCUCACCAUUUUGCACGCAACUGGAAGGGCUUUAUUUUGACGACCCGGAUCAGAUUCAAAAACAUCAACAACAGAUGCAGGGUUUAGGAUUCAGUGCUGGCCGUCGUGGAUCCCAUCGCCCGAAUUGUCACUUUGAGUUUGGUCGAUCACGGAGAACGUUUUAUUCGGACCCAAAUCGCCAGUAUCAGCAGCCAUCGACGCCGCCUCCAUCACCACACCAGCGUUCGUUCAACCGCCAACAUCCGAACCAGUUCUUGGGAACAGAGGCCAUGGAGCAACAAAUUUCGAGUCGAUCGAAGCCGACAUCUAAAGUGAGCGCAUGGCUCGGGGAGACAAGCACAGACGAAUGGAUCACGUAUGGCGACUGUGCACUAUGGACAAGUGCGGCAUCACCAAGUAUUUCGUUCGAGAAUGGAGAUGUGAACUCGGGUAAUAUGGGACUCCGCGACCAUCAUCCCCGCUGGCAGCCUUUGCCAUUGCACCAUGCCUAUCACAGUCCAGCAUUCAUGUCGACUAUAACCAAUCCCUCUCGAUCUGGUGUACAGAGAGGACUCAACCCACUGAACAACGCGUAUGUGGGUGACUAUGACCAUAUACUGGAACGGUUCCGGGUCACACACGCGACUAUCGAGAAUCUGCUACAUACGUUAAGACGCCUUGAAGCCUUCACUGUGAUGCAGAUGGACUUCAUUCUGGAGAGUCAGGGACUGUCGGAGUGGAAUAUACUGAUGCAGCAGGACGAGAUCUGGGUACAGAGCAUAGGAUUCCGGGCACUACAGCCGUUUUACUUGUGCCUCUUCCUGAGCACCAUCUAUUUCGGAACAUUGCGAUGGUGA